AUGACUGCCUUUUUAAUACCAAUUUACUAUCACUAUACUCGUAAAGCAAUACGAAAUAUGGCAAGUUAUGGAAAAAAGUUCGCGUUGAGCCUCACCGUGAUAUCCCGCGUCGUCGCUCCUCUUAUGUUCACUCCACGGCGCACUACAUUAACGAAUAUUGCACUCAGUUAUCCCACAUCGUCACCCGACAUGAUCCAUCGGGAUGUCGAGAUGGAGUCCGUCACUCCAGGGCUAUGA